AUGACCUUGUUCCGGUGCAGCCAGGUGCAUGUUGACAGCGUCUCCGUUACUGCGCCAGCCGAUAGUCCAAACACUGACGGGAUUAACAUGGGAAAUUCUGACCAUGUGUAUAUCUCGUCUUGCUCUUUCCAAACAGGAGACGAUUGUGUAUCAAUUUUGUCGGGCACCACUGAUGUUAAUGUCACCAACACCACCUGUGGGCCUGGUCAUGGCAUCAGGUACAAUUGUACAACCAUUUGUGUAGGCCUGCAGGGAGGAAUGGGAAAAGCAAACGGAUUCCUUUUUGAGAACCUCAAGAUGACUGCAGUACGAAUUCCUAUUGACAUCGACCAGUUUUAUUGUCCGCAGGGAAACUGUCCAACAAAGGAUGGGGGUGUGUCCAUAACCGACGCACGUUUUGUCAACAUCCAUGGGACAUCCGCUGAUAAACAGGCCAUCCAAAUUUUGUGCAGCCAAAGUGUGCCGUGCCGUGGCAUCUAUCUCGACGAUGUUACCCUCUAUUGGGAUAAACAAAAUUCCCAAGCACAGUCAAAAGUUCUAAAUGCCGAAGGAACCAUCGUGGGCGAUGUGGUACCUGAAGUGCAGCUCGGGAUACAACAGUAGCAAGUAGUCUCCAUUGUUAGCAUGCAUAGGGCACGUACAUACUAAGAAGCAGUGAAUUGCUUCCUUGGACGAGUCUCAUGUAAAUAAGGUGCAGCAGCACUUUACAAUGUUUAUAUUGAUGGUUGAUAUUACCGUA